AAGCGGCGGCCGCCGCAGCCUCGGGACGCAGGGCGAGCCGUCUGCCUGGGAGCAAGCCGACUCCAGCGUGCGGUCAGGCGCCUGUCCGCCCGGUGCCACCGCCGCCGCUCCAGUGCGCACGACCAGGUACCUCGAGCGCGGGCCGUCGCAGUAGAUGCGGCCCGAGCACUUUUAACCCGGCGGGAGGGCAGGAGAGCUGCGCCGCCGACAGCGGAGCGAGCCGCGCCAGGAGCCGCGCAGACACGCAGAGAGCAGGGACUGCCUCCCGCCACCGCCCGGCCGCUAUGGAUCUAUUCGACUUUUUCAGGGACUGGGACUUGGAGCAGCAGUGUCACUAUGAACAAGACCGUAGUGCACUUAAAAAAAGGGAAUGGGAACGGAGGAGUCAAGAAGUUCAGCAAGAAGACGAUCUCUUUUCUUCAGGCUUUGAUCUUUUUGGGGAGCCCUACAAGGUAGCUGAAUAUACAAACAAAGGUGAUGCCCUUGCCAACCGAGUCCAGAACACACUUGGAAACUAUGAUGAAAUGAAGGAUUUGCUCACUAACCAUUCCAAUCAGAAUCAUCUAGUGGGAAUCCCAAAGAAUUCUGUGCCACAGACUCCUAUCAACAAAAGUGAACCAAGCUUUUUCCCAGAGCAAAAGAAUCGAAUGAUCCCAACUCACCAGGAUAAUAACCAUUCCUCAGCACCGAUGCCUCCACCUUCAGUCAUUAUACUGAAUUCUACUCUAAUACACAGCAACAGAAAAUCAAAACCUGAGUGGCCACGAGAUAGUCACAAUCCUAGUGCUGGACAAGCAAGCCAGGCCAGCAAUCAGACAAACAAGAUGCAGACAUCCACACAGGACCCACCUCAAGCCCGACUGGAAGACUUCUUCAUCUACCCAGCUGAACAACCCCAAACUGGUGCAGUUGAGAAAACAAACUCAUCUGCAAAGGAAGACAAUAACUCCAAGUCAGGUGAAGAUGCUUUCAAAGAAAUCUUUCAGUCCAACUCAACAGGAGAAUCUGAAGUUACAGUGCAGGCACCUGGGUCUCCCCUGGUUGCCUCAUCUUUAUUAGCUCCCAGCAGUGGCCUUUCAGUGCAAACCUUCCCACCAGGGCUUUACUGUAAAACAAGCAUGGGGCAGCAAAAGCCAACUGCAUAUGUAAGACCCAUGGAUGGUCAAGAUCAGACACCAGACAUCUCUCCAACACUGAAGCCUUCCAUUGAAUUUGAGAACAGCUUUGGGAAUCUGUCCUUUGGAUCACUGCUGGAUGGGAAACCCAGUGCAACGACUUCAAAGACUAAGCUGCCAAAGUUUACAAUCCUCCAAACAAAUGAAGUAAGUCUUCCCAGUGAUCCAAGCUGUGUUGAGGAAAUCUUACGGGAGUCGCAACAUCUGACCCCAGGAUUUACCUUACAAAAGUGGAGCGACCCAACCGGCAGAGCUUCUACAAAGAUGCUUGAAGAUGACCUGAAGUUGAGCAGUGAUGAAGAUGACCUUGAGCCUGUGAAGACCUUGACCACUCAGUGCACAGCCACUGAGCUCUAUCAGGCUGUUGAAAAGGCAAAACCUAAGAAUACUCCUGUGAGCCCUCUGUUGGCCACACCACCACCUCUACCUGCAGUGCAAGGCAGUGGGGGGUCUGGCAGUUCCAGUGACUCAGAGAGUAGCUCUGAAUCAGACUCAGACACUGAAAGCAGCACCACUGACAGUGAAUCCAAUGAGGCUCCUCCUCGAGUGGCCACUCCAGAGCCUGAGCCACCUUCAACCAACAAAUGGCAGCUGGACAAAUGGCUGAAUAAAGUCACAUCCCAAAACAAGUCAUUUAUUUGUGGCCAAAAUGAAACACCCAUGGAGACCAUUUCUCUGCCUCCUCCAAUAAUACAACCCAUAGAAGUCCAGAACAAAGUGAAAUCAAACCCCAGCCAGGUUCUGGCUGGACCCAAAGAAAGGCCUCUCCUGGGUCUCAUUAGGGAAAAAGCCCGUCCUCGGCCCAUUCAGAAAAUUCCAGAAACAAAGGCUUUGAAGCAUAAGUUGUCAACGUCAAUUGACACAAUUUCUCAAAGAACAACUGGAAAGAAACAACCAAAAAAGGUUGAGAAGAACACCAGCUUUGAGGAGUUUACCUGGCCCAAACCAAAUAUUACCAGUAGCACUCCCAAAGAAAAAGAAUGUGUGGACCAUCCUGACCCACCACGAAGCCGCAGCAAAGCUGCUGUCCACAAACCAGUCCCUAGGAAAGAACCAAGGCCCCACAUCCCUGUGGCUGCAGAAAAGAAGAAGUACAGAGGGCCUGGGAAGAUUGUGCCAAAGUCCCGGGAAUUCAUUGAAACAGAUUCAUCCACAUCUGACUCCAACACAGACCAGGAAGAAACCCUCCAGAUCAAAGUAAUGCCUCCUUGCAUUGCUCCUGGAGGUAACACUGCAAAAUCCAAGGAUAAUUCUAGUGCCAGACUGACCCUUAACACCUUGAAUAGCAGCAACAACAGCUCAUCUACCAAUGAGGAGCCAGUGUUUUCCCCUCUUCCGAUCAUACAAACUGAACUUUUGUCCCCUAUACGGGAUUAUGAGACUCCGAAGAACCUCUGGGUGAAGAUUGACCUUGGCUUACUUUCUAGAGUCCCUGGCCAAAACUCAGUCCCAGCAGCACCCACUAAGACAGAUCACAAGGAGACUGCCUCAAAACCUAAGCGUCAGACUGCUGCCACAGCUGUGGAAAAACCAGCCCCUAAGGGCAAGCGUAAGUCCAAGCCAGCAGAAGUUGCAGACAAAAUCCCUGAGAAGAAGCAACGACUGGAGGAGGCCAUCACUAUCUCCCUGCCUCCUCCUUGUAUUUCACCAAUUCCACCCCACAAGCCUCCCAGCACCAGAGAAACUACUUCAUCCAGGAGAGCAAAUAAGCGAAAAGAAGAAAAACUAUUGCCUCCACUACUUUCCCCACUGCCAGAGGACCUUCCAUGCCGCAGAAACGUCAGUGGGAACAGUGCGCUCCUCAAUCAAGACAAAAGCAUUUCCAUGACUGGACAAACCACCUCUACUAAACCUAAGAGAAGUGAAGGCAAAUUCUGUGCUACAUUCAAAGGGAUAACCAUUAAUGAGGAAGAUGCUCCAAAAAAGGCUGCCUCUGCCACUGUGGCUGUCACCAACACUGCUACUGCCACUGUCACAGCUACUGCCACUACCACUGCCACGGCCACGACCACAACCACCACCACCACUAUUUCUACUAUCACCUCUACUAUCACUACUGGCCUUAUGGAUAGCAGUCACCUGGAGAUGACGUCCUGGGCGGCCCUGCCACUCCUGUCCAGCAGCAGCACUAACGUCCGGAGACCCAAGCUCACUUUUGAUGACUCGUAUGUUGUCCCCAGUGUCCACAAUGCUGAUUUUUACAUGCAAGAGGCUAAGAAGCUGAAACACAAAGCUGACGCACUGUUUGAGAAAUUUGGCAAAGCUGUGAAUUAUGCUGAUGCAGCCCUUUCUUUCACUGAGUGUGGCAAUGCCAUGGAACGUGAUCCUCUGGAAGCGAAGUCCCCAUACACCAUGUAUUCUGAGACUGUGGAGCUCCUCAGGUAUGCAAUGAGGCUGAAGAACUUUGCAAGCCCUUUGGCUUCUGAUGGUGACAAAAAGCUGGCAGUAUUAUGCUACCGGUGCUUAUCGCUUCUUUACUUGAGGAUGUUUAAGCUGAAGAAGGACCAUGCUAUGAAGUACUCUAGAUCACUGAUGGAAUAUUUUAAGCAAAACGCUUCAAAAGUUGCUCAGAUACCAUCUCCAUGGGUAGGCAAUGGAAAAAACACUCCAUCCCCAGUCUCUCUUAAUAAUGUCUCUCCAACCAACUCAAUGGGGAAUUGUAACAAUGGACCUGUCACCAUCCCCCAGCGCAUUCACCACAUGGCUGCUAGCCAUGUCAAUAUCACCAGUAAUGUGCUUCGGGGUUAUGAACACUGGGAUAUGGCUGAUAAACUGACAAGAGACAACAAAGAAUUCUUUGGCGAUCUGGAUACAUUGAUGGGGCCUCUGACCCAGCACAGCAGCAUGACCAAUCUUGUCCGCUACGUUCGUCAGGGACUGUGUUGGCUGCGCAUUGACGCCCAUUUGUUGUAGUGGGCGCUCUUCCAUCUCUAGUGCCACUGUCCAACCCCUCUUCCUUUACCAGUGGUUACUGGUGGAAGUCCACUCAUUUGGGAAAGUUCUCUUUUGUUAUGUUUAUUAUUAUGCCUUUUCCCCCUGAUAUCUGUGAAAAACCGAAGUCAUUGUAAGUGGACACUACAACUUGAGAGAAGUGUUUUAUUUUUUAAUAUUUGAUAUACAUUUCUCGGAUUUCAUUAUUUUUGUGCUUUACGGAAUGAUAGUCCCUACAAUAUUUGUUUAAGUCCACACUAUCCAAAACAAAGAAAGAGAAGCACAUGUGAUAAUGACAGGUUCCUGAGGAAUCAAACAAGUGGUCUAACUUACACAUGAACAAGGGACCUGCAAAGACUUUCAACAGUAGUGAUCCCCCAAACUAUACACUAUUGUCUGGAAAAGAAUGUAUUUCAGAAUCCGUAGUUAAAUGAUUUCUGUGGUUCCCACAGACUAAAUCUUCAGGUGAGAAUUUCCAUUGUCUAAACCCACUGAUUAGAUGUAACUACAUUGUAAAGUCAAGAGUAACAGGGAAACAAAUGAGCUUAGCAAUUCUACUCUUGAAAUGACAGGACCAGAGGACUGUUUUUUUAUUUUGUUUUGUUUUGUUUUGCUUUGCUUUGCUUUGCUUUGCUUUGUUUUGUUUUGUUUUUUCAUCCUGUUCCAGAUUACUUUCUUUUCAGAUUUUAAUGAUGAGGAGGAAUAACAUUUAUUUUGAUAACUUUAUUCCACCAGCUGGCAUAAACAAUUCUGAACUCCGUGACUUAAAGCUUAACUCCUCACCAGGGAUUCUCCUUGUGCAAAGCUCUCCUUUGGAGGAGCAGUUUGGUGGAUGCACAACUUAAUAGUCAAAAUAUGGAACUCAUCCUACAGGUGAGAGAUGAGGCAGGUCUGAAAAAUGUCCCUCAAGGAAUUCACACUUCUUACAGCCAGUAGGCAGAUCCAUAACUGCCAGUGUUUUAAAAUUGUAUUUCGAUAGAUUUACAUAUGAAAUCUGUGGAAACAAACUCAAGUUAUCACUACCUAGAAGUAAUAGUAUACAAUUUAUUUCCUAGUGUCUUCACUAUCUGGACUUCCAAAACAUUGUCCACAUUUUCUAUUUGCUAGAAUUUCUUAUUUUUUUUCUUUCAGUUACCCUUUGCCUUUUUUAAAAAUUUUGCUGUUGGCUAAAAUACAAUCACUGAAUUCAUUGAGGUUUAUACUAGUAUAAAGAAGUUCCAUGAAAGUUCCAAAGAAAAUUCCAAACUCUGUAAGUAGUAGUUAACUUUUCAUUCUUAAAAACGUGGAUCUUAGGAUCAUGUUUCACCCUGGGAUCCUUACAAAGAUUCCUGCAGAUUGGAAAUAUUUCACCUAAUUUGGAGUAUUUACUUAUCAGUUAUGACUAUCUCUCCUCCUUAUGAUCUUCUACAUCAUCUUCUGUCCCUAAGCAUCACCAUGUAAAUAUCAUCUGUAGCGUUCCAGCUCACCAGAAAAAGUCUCCACUUAACAGUAAACACUAUCCACGCAUUAGUUACUUGUAAUUACCUGCUGACAUAUAAUUCCACAUAACCUUUAAUCUGGUGAGCUAUUGAAUUCUGUUCACUUAGUCAUGGCCAGAUAAAUAACAUAUAUGCACAUGAAAGAUGCAAACUUGUAUGAUUUCUGAAGCAAGUCAUGCAGGUCUGUGGUAAGAACAGCAGGCAGUCACUCUGCACUCUCAUUGUCAAGGUUAGGUAUUUCCCUGGUUGCAGAAGAGCCAGGUUUGAGUUCUGUUCUGAUCACAUGUGGUUUUAAGGCCUUUUGUUGCAUAAUAAGGUUAUGGAAGCUGUACUCCAAUGGCUGAAGCCGUGCUGUUAAUAUGGCUGAUGGGUGAACCCCAGCAGCUGAACCCUGCACUUUUUAUGCUCCCAGUGUGGUUGAGCUUUAUGUUUACACUUUCAGCAACAACACUUUCAAAUACACACAGACAGACAGACAGACAGACAGACACACACACACACACACACACACACACACACACACCAAUGAAACCUGAAUCUUCUCUGUGCCUCUACUAUGAGGAUAAUUAAAUCAUCAAAGACAACACCCACAGCGGGUGUCACAUGUAACAAUUGUGCUGAGAACAUUGCAAUGACUCAACUUCUCUGUUUUCCUUGGCCUACCAAAGUAGUGUGCCUGACUACUUCUUUAUAAAGAUGCCUACCAACUUGAUGCAAAACUUAAUACUACACCAUGAUCUUAGACCAUCAUAGAUUUAGGCACAGAUUCUUUUUGAAAUUAAGUAUCCAGAAACUAGAAGUUAGAAAGCUAGGGGCAGGUUUCCGCAGAAACAAGCAUAUUGCCUCAUAGGUGAAAGACUUGUAGCUCAAGUUUCAGUGACUUGUUAUAUCUUUCUAUAUACAACAGAGAGACAAGAGAAUGCUCUGUCAUCUCUGGUGGCUGAAUGUAAUGUGUGUGCCAUGUCAGCAGCACAAUUAUCAAAUGUGACAGUCAAGCUCUGGAUCACCACCCGAUUAUUUAGUAGACCCAAUUUUAACAUAGCUUAGACACAAAUUGAACAUGGAGGAUGAAUUGCCUUCCUAUCCCUGGAGACAAGAUGCCUUUGGUUUCCCGAUGAAGAUUUGUGACUGUUUUCUAGGCCCUCUAUUCAUCACAUCGUAAAUGGUGAUGUGCAUCAUGGGUGUGCAGCUAUUCGCAGGAUUGAAGAUUAAGCAUUUUGUAAAGGGAAUCUCUUCAGUGUUCCAGUCAAAUGGGAGGGAUAUGAGACAUGUGGAUGGCAGCAAGAGAUUGAGCCUCUACAUCUUGAUGGAGGCUUGGUGAGCCACAUCUAAACAAGCCUGUGGAGGUAGAGUGAUGGGUAGAAGAAUAGGAAGCUCCCCGGAGCAAGUAUGAAAAACAGCCCUACAACAUGAUCCAGGAAGGGCCACCACUACACCUUCAUUUAUCACACAAGCUCCAACCACAGAGAGUCUGACAAGUUUGUCUUACGAUGUUGGCUUGGCUUUGUAUCUUUAAUUAGCUUUGGAUUUUUUAGUGGUUUUGUCAUAUUAUUGUCUGAGUUUUGUAGGUAGGAUUAAUUUGAGAAGAGUUUGCUAGUGUGGUCCUUGGGGUAGAAUUUACCUAUAAGCAUGUUGUUAGCCAGCCUAUAGACUGUUAAUUACUUAAUCUCAUUGGGAAAAACUAGUAGUUUUAUAUUCGGGUGACAUAAUUGGAUAAAGCAGAUUAGCUUCUGUGAUUUUUCAAAGACUUGAGGUUGAGAUGCCUUUUUCUUCCAUGUAACGAAAUUAAAAGCUCCAAAUCUUCAGUCAAAAGUGGCAAAAUUAGAAACCAUUGCCUAAAAUGUGUUUUAUUGAGUUUCCAAAUGGAUGGAUCGUUACAUGCAUUGGAUUUGAUCCACAUUGGAAAGAUGCUAGUUCUAUCUACCUUUCCUGAAGUUAUCCAAAUCAGAUUUUGUUUUCUUCAAAUUUGCAUCCUGGACGUUGAAGUUAGUUUGAAGUUGGAAAGCAUUUUCGAAGGCAGACUCGAUUACGUUGUGAGGGUGAAGCCCUUACUUCCUUCUCAACAGACAUGAUAAAAUUCACCUGCAUGAACCAGCAGGUGGGACAACCAAACUGGAUCACUGGGUAGGACUACUCAGUAAAGCAAUGAACUGCUUGCUUAGAGAAACAUCACUAUCCCCAUUGAGAAAAAUGUGUGGCAAGAUAAAAUAGCUACACAGUAUCAAGCAAAUGGGUUUAUUUCGUGCCCUAAAUUCAAU